AGGAAUAAAUUCAAAAGAAAAUGGUAAUCCAACGCAGCUGGAAAAUUCUAAGCGAUGCAGGCUCCACUUCUGCAUCUUCUACAGAAGCAAAUAGGUCGCCAACUGGCUUACAGUCAUCUUCGGACGACUCCAAUUGCUCCAAUCAAACAACACAUUCAAUGGUUACUAGCGUUGCUAGUCCCCCAGUAAUGAAAUUGGAAGUACAAUCAGCCCAAACAUCGGUACAACAGCCGCCAAACCCUACAUUCCCAGUCAUAAACAGUGCCAUUUCUACGAACACAUCCACUGCUUCUAUCGAUACCAUGAAAUAUGUUACUACACCUCACAUGGCCGAGACGAUGCUCCAGCGCUUACGUCAGCGUUUAAGUUGUCCUGUACAAGUAAGUGGUACAGGGGCCACUGCAGAAUCGGCCAUGCGUUCGCUUGAGUUGCUACGUAUUAGCAUUCAACAAUCCUUUGACCAUGAAAUCGAUGUCAUUAUAAAGCAGUACAUGGAGACCUAUUUCAAACCAGCAUUUCAAAACAUUAAAGAGAAUUUGGGUCAAAACGUUGUAUCUGAGGAAAUUUUGCAAAAGAUGUCGUGUGCACUAUUAGAGAACGCAAAGGCACAAUACAAUCCCUAUCGCUCUAUAAAGCAGCCAUUAGCAUGCGUAUCCAUUACUGCCCCCAAUACAAUACCACAGUAUACCACCAGUGAAGCAACUAGUCUACGUUUUGCUGUCAGACGUCCACCACCUAAACUUGCCGAUUUCAAUGAGUUGCCCGCCAAAAAACUGUUAACCGUCUCAACUCAGCAACAAGUGCAGCCCGUUAUUCCAAUUAAUGUGUCUAGCACUGUAGUUUCUACUGGAAAUGCAAAAGCUAAUCUGGGUUCAACGCCAACCUUCUUGCAACAAUCUCAAUCCUUGCCUCAGCAAAAUCAACAACAGAAAUCGGGUACUGUACCGGCUUCGGCUACUUCUGGUCGAAGGCAAAUUUUUUGGAACACAGCCCAUAUUUCGACCACAACCAAAUUCGUUUUAGAUGUGCAGGCUAAUCAAGCUUUUGGAUUUGGCACAGAUGGAAAAGAGCGCUUAGCUAGCAAACAUCCUGAACUAAUCCGCUAUUUACCUGACAAUGAAGAUCGAGAUUGGCUAAGUUCACAAAAUGUUAUAGCUGCACAAAAUCGCAAUUCUCGUUUUCUCUUUCUGAUACAUGAAGAAGUCUGUCGAUUGAAGCAAACACACGAAACAUAUCGAAACAAGCCGAAUAUAGAUCUUAAUGUUAUGAACACAUUUACUGUGCCAGAAUUUAUGAUCCAAAAGAUGAAGUUAUUCUUUGUCGAUUUGAACAUAAAGAGCCGUGGAUUAAUUACAAACUCAUUUUCCGUUGGUCCUGGUGCCCAGGGUAAUAGUCACUUACGUAAUGCACUGCUCCAGGGGAUUGCAGCACAGAAUAACCGUACAAAUAGUAAUACCGGUGGUAGUAUUAAAACGACCACCCCAAUCGCCAAUAUUACCACAGUAUCUUCAGCAGACGCAGCUGUAACACCACUAAAUAAAGUAAAUACUAAUAAUGCUGCUACUGCUGCUGCAGGAAGUUGCAAUAUUGCCACCAGCUCCAGCGACGCAACUCCACUUACAAAGCCAAGUACACUAAGCUCAUCGCAUGCAACACUCACAGCUUUGCUUAACAACUCGUCAAAUCCACCACCCCAAGACAAAACUAAUAUUGUAGCUAAAUUGCUUUCCAAUGAGCUCGCGCUUCAAUGCUGGGUUAUAUAAACUUCUAUAAAUGCGUCCCCGAAGAACUAAGGUGGGAUUUGUGGAUGUUAAUGGAAAGACUUUACAUAUUCAUGGAAUUCGAUGCAAAAUAAAAAGACCAAUGUAGCAGUGAUAAAAAGCAUCGCAAUAAAAAAAAAAAAAAAACUUCAAUUUAAAAACUAAGUGUUACCAUAAAUAUUUAAUAUUUCAAACAUAUUGAUAUCAAAACUUGAAGGUAAAAACCAACAAAGCAUAUCGAAUUUUGGCCGUGUGCUUUCGAGGUCGAGGAAGGUAUGGGGAAUGUACAGGCGGUUAAGAGCAGAUUGCAAUUUUAAAGUUGUUAAACAAAAGAAGAGGCAAGGAAAGCACACAAAAACAUCUAAAAGAAAGUAACAGUAAUAAAAAGAAUAAAAAUAAAAUAAAAACCACAAAGAGAUACCAUUUUAACUGACGACUGAUUAACUGAUAAUGAAUAAAAAGCAUUGUAAAAUUAUAUUAUUAGCAUAUCGUUUAAAGACUAGUAGAACAUAUUAUCCAACACUGCCUUCAUAUAAUGAAACAAUAACAAAAACAACCUUCAGCGCGUAUAGUAAUAAAUUUAAUUCAA